CUCUCUCCUAGUCUUUGUACUGGCCAUGGCCGCUUACCCGGACAUUCAGAAGAAAGCGCAGGCGGAAGUUGACCGCAUAUUCACUUCCGAAAGGAUGCCUAACGGUGCUGAUAUCGAGAAAACCAGCAUGCCAUAUCUGCAAGCUCUCUUCUGGGAGAUCUUACGAUGGGUUCCCGUUCUUCCGGUAAGCCUCCCUCACGCUACAACCCAAGACGACACGUACGGACGAUACUUCAUUCCAGCUGGAACGACCGUCAUCAUGAACGUAUGGGCUAUCCAUCACGACCCGGACGAAUAUCCCAACCCCGACGUCUUCGACCCGUCUCGCUUUUUGAACAACGACUUCGGCGCUUCCGAUGCUAGUCAAGACAACGCGUCGCGGAGGAAAACAUACGCGUUUGGAGCAGCCAGGCGUGUUUGUGCAGGGCAAAGCAUGGCUGAAAAGAGCUUAUUACUGUCCAUGGUUAAGAUUCUUUGGGCAUUUGAUAUACGCCCCACCGAGGAAGGGAAAUUGGACACCAAUGUUGAGACUGCCUUCACUAGUGCAAUUCUCAUAGGACUAAAAGACGUGGGCAUGGACUUUGCUAUAAGAGAGGAAUCCAAAAGAGAAGUGGUCAAAGCGGAAUGGGAAAAAGCGGAUGCUUUUUUGCGGACUUUUGAGUGA